UUUCAAUCUUUGAUAAGGGGACCUAACUGCAGCUACGAGUUUCAUACAGAUACCAAGAGCAUUUUUUCAUCCUACAUUAAUUGGACAAUAGAAGCUUAUCAAGACACUAGUUGUAUCAACAGAGGCUCUAAUAACGCCAAGGGGUCCCUUCGAGUUCUUCAAGUUUUCCAUUCAAACUCAUCAGCCAUGUCGUUGUCCUCCAACGAGCAGCUGGAGUUCAAACUGCUCACCAGGGACAAGGUGCAGGAGGCAUUGGACAUUCAAACUGAAACUAUGAAACAGGAAUGUCUGGCUAUUGGCUUUGGAAUGUUUGAAGAAGUUGGCGCAGCUGAAGAAAUGCGAAUGGUUUUUACAGAGAUCGUUAAAGACGGUUCUACGAUUAUGGCUGUUGACAGAGAAACGGAUCAACUGGCGGCGGUGGCGUUCAAUAAAAUACAUGCUCGACCAAGAGAAGGUGAAAAGGAUCAGCUGGAGAUCUUCAUGAAAGAGAAUCUGAAGCACCGAGCGUGCCAGGAGUUGGUCAACUUCCUUGAUAGCAUUCAGAUGAACGUGGACAUUUUCAAAAAUUACAACGCGAACGGGGCGAUAGAACUGUUUUAUCUCGGCACUGAUCCACGAUAUCAAGGCCGCGGGAUCGGCUCCCAAAUGGUACAAAAGUGCAUCGAGUUUGGCCGAGGGCUCUUGAACGGCACAAUGAAAAGGAGUUCGAUCGACGGAAGUAUCGGGAACGAACAGGUGCUUCCAGAAUUUAUAUACGGGGUAUUUGCUUCCAACUACAGUCAAAGGAUCGCUGAGACGAUUGGUUUCGAGGUUCUGCACGAGGUUCGAUACGAUGAUUACUCUUUUGCUGGUAAAAAAUUGUCCGAGAUGAUAGGGGACGUUCAUAGGUCGGCUAGGUUGCAAGGUCUCAAACUCUGAAUUGUCUGAAAUAGAUGUUAUAAUGUAAUGUGAAGUAUAAAAA